AUGCUUCGAAUCCUCAUGGCCGGGGGUGAAAUGCUCUCGCUGAGCUUCUCGGAGACGGACACGGCCCUGGUAUUGAAGCAGAAGAUUCGAGAGCUGGAGACAGCUCCAGAGGCACUGGCGCGGCCCUGUUCGUUGAUGCGGCUGAUCCAUGGCGCUGAUGUCUUGCCAGAUGAUUGGAUUCUGCAUGAUCACGGCAUCGUGGAUGGAGAUGAGCUCACCUUGGUUCUGUCGCGAGGCCCUUGUGGCUAUUAUGAGGAGGAUCUCGAGGAGUAUGAGGGAUGCAUGGAGAUCCGCACGAUGGUCUCCGCCCGUUUCCGCGAGGAAACCUUCCAGAUCGAGGUGUGUGAGCAGGUGGAGUAUGGCUCCCCCUGGAGGUGCUAUUCCUGGAAGGGCUCGGUGGAACUCACCGAAGGAGAUGGCUUCCAGAUGUCAGUCCUUGGGAGGACCGAAGAUGGACCAGAGCAUACCGUGAGAGACCUGGAGCCCAAGAUAUUUCUUGGAGAGAUGUGCGAGUCGAAUCUACUGAAAGUUCAGCUGACUUUAUAUGGCGUGACUGGCGUUGGUCACUUGCGUUGGCUGAAUCUGGUCGAGACUCCAUGCGCUCUUCGCGAUGGCGAUGGCGAGAGCGAUGGCGAGAGCGAAGCGUGA